CUCCAGCACAGAUUAGCCCAUUCACAGCUGGAAAGGACUUUGUGUCAGAUCCUAUUUGACUCCAGUGAUCUCUGCAUCUUCCUGAAGUGGUGAGAUCCAAAUCAGCACAGAAAGAUGCAAACCACAGUUUUCACCAUGUGCCUGGCUGCCAUGGCAUUUGCCACCCCUCUUCGGAAAGCCAGAGACUUGGAGAGUGGCAGUCGGGAGAAUUACUACCGUUAUUAUGGACAGUUCUAUCCACCUAUAUACAGGCCUUACUAUCCUUAUCGGCCUGGAUAUCCUGGGCUACCAUUUGGGCCCUAUUACCCCAUCUAUCCCCGAUUCCCUGGCUAUUUCCCAAACUACAACAAACUCCCUCAAUAUCCAAACUUUCCUCAGUAUCCAAACUAUGGACCUGUAUAUAAUGGGUUUUCAAGGAAUUCCAAUUCCCAAUUCUCCAAGAUAAAGGAAGAUAAUAUUGUGGGAGAAGGUGAUCCUAAAGAAUACUCUGUGCUAAGCAAUCCUAGACCCCUCAGUAUAAGUUCUGAGAUUUCAUUCGAAGAUUCAAGCAGUAUGGAAGAUACUGAUUUCAGAAUCCCCUUUGAAGACGUGCCUUACGAUGUGCCAGAUUAUGGGGUCCCUGGAGAUCCAGAUCAUGAAGGUCCCUUUUCACAAGAUAAUGUGGGACCUUUCACACCAGAUAAUGAAGAUCCCUUUUCACCAGAUAAUGUGGGACCUUUCACACCAAGUGUUGAUACCAAUGCUGUGGAUGUUGGGGUUGACCAGCAAAACUCACAGGAAUCAGCUACUGAUGUUUUGAAUCCAGAGCAACCUGUUCUCCCAUACUCCGAAUCUGUGCAAGGAGUGGACUCAUUGGGAUCAAAUGUUGAAGAUGCUUCUGUAAUCAGUGAGCGCAACAAGGGGAUGAGCCAACAAAACACAAUCUUUGAACCGACCGGAUCGGACAUUAACCAUGAUGGAAACGUGAAUAACGAGCAAUUUGCCAAUCAGCAAAUGUCAAAUGGAAACUUGGACGAAGAUGAUCAAACUGAAGAGGAUGAGGCUUGGAAUGUUGGUUUCAGCGUAGUGGAUAUGGACUCAGUUGGCCUUUCCAAUGAUUAUGACAUUGAUGGAAUUGAUGAAGCUGAUUCCAAUGAGGAGGAUAAUGAUGAGGAAUCAAAUGAAGAUGAGAGUGAACAAAAUGAAAUCAAGGACAGUAAUCCCUACUUGAUCAUCCAAGAUGCUGAUUAACUGGAUUGAAGGAAAUGUUGGACCUAAGGUUGGGUUCCUUAUGGAUGUUCCAGUCUUUGAUUUAUUUAACGUGGUGCUGAUGGAUAGUUCUGGUCACUUUCAUCACUGGAAAUUUUACAGGAAGGAAAUUUUACAGUUUAAAAACAUUUAUUUUAUUUGGGGUAUAAGGUUUCUGAUGUUGUAUAGAUUAUAUCAUACAAAGUUCUGAACAGUUCCUCAUCAACGUCUUCAAGAUUCUACCAAGCUGGUUCUACAUCUAAAACAUUACUAAUAAUAAUUUACUUGCACACAAAUAUUUUUCUUCAUUUUUGAGAUGUGGGUGUUGCUAGCAUUUACUGCCCGUCCCUAGUUGCCCUUGAGAAGGUGGG